AUGGGCAUGAUGGAUAGUUUGGGUCUGAGCGGGCUCGCCGGUGGCGUACAGCGAAUGGACAAGCGACAGUUCCUGUUCCAAAUGCUUAGCUUCGGAAUGAUCGUUUCGUCCGCACUGAUGAUCUGGAAGGGUCUGAUGGUGGUGACGGGCAGCGAGUCACCGAUUGUUGUCGUGCUGAGCGGCAGUAUGGAACCGGCUUUCCAUCGUGGCGACCUGCUAUUCCUCACGAACCAAGACGAACCGGUACGCGUUGGAGAGAUUGUGGUGUUCAAGAUCGAGGGCCGCGACAUUCCGAUCGUUCACCGAGUUAUUAAGCUGCACGAAAAGAGCAAUGGCACGGUGAAAUUCCUUACCAAGGGAGACAAUAACUCCGUCGACGAUCGGGGUUUGUACGCACCGGGGCAACUGUGGCUGACAAAGAAAGACAUCGUUGGCCGAGCAAGAGGGUUCCUGCCGUACGUGGGGAUGAUCACGAUCUACAUGAACGAGUAUCCGAAGCUAAAAUACGGUAUCCUGGGACUGCUAGCGUUAUACGUACUUGUGCAUAGAGAAUAA